AUGGACGACUCGAACGCUUUGACGAAAGAAAGGAGCUGUCUGACAGCCAUGAUGUGUGUCAAUGGAGAGAUCCAUGUUGUGAGAGGCGCAAGCCUGGUUGGCCGUGCCUCGAGAGUUGUGAUCUGGUUUGAAGAAGAAGUGGAUUUGUCAUUGGAUGGCGAGGAGGAGGAAGACGGAGCAGGACAAGCUUUGGUGUCCUUCCUGGAGGACUGGCAGCCGAUGAAAGAUCUGCACUUGAUUGGGGACAGCACUGGCGAGGAUGAUUGUGAAGCACCCGUCCACACCCUUACAGAGAUUCUUCGGUGUACGUCGGCUAACAAUCUUUCUCGUUUAUCGUUUGGCGCCAACAUGGCACUGUGUGGAACCAUUGAACACUACAAAGCCCUUUCUGCAACCAUUCAAAAGCACCAGCCCAAUCUACAGGUUUUGGAUUUUCCACGACUUGGAAUUGAGGGCCCCACUGUGUUCAGCGAAGACGCGCGAGGCUUUCUGGAUCCGUUGCUGCCGCUGCUGGUGGGUGGUGAGAGCACCUGCAACAUUGGCUAUUCGCCUCGUUUCCUCACAAGCAGAGGAGUGGAAGCAAUGUUCUCCUUGUCUCACUUGCAAGCGGUCCGUCUAUGCAAUCAUGAGUGGCCCGAAGAUCUUGUGGCGACCGCCAUGCAAUGUCUUGUGGAGAACAAGACCUUGACCAUGUUUCGAGUGUUGUGUGCCACCAUCCGCAAUCCCGAAACAACCAGAGCCAUUUGUCAAGUGUUGGAACACAACGACACGCUCCAACAAUUGGAUUUGAGAUUUGAAGAUCUGGACCAUGCACUGGUGCAUGAAAUCCUUGUUUCACUGGCAAGUUCCAAGCUUCGAAGCUUUGCAUUGAAAGGGAUGGAAGGCAUGCCCUUCAGUCAUUGUCUCUUUGCAGCAGCGCAGGAAACACUCCAAAAGAACUUGUACCUACAGGUCUUCAACGUUUGGUGCUCUUGCUGUAUCCCUUCGAGCGUGAGAGACACUUUGGACUUUUACCUCGAGUUGAACAAGACCGGGCAACGAGCCUUGCUACUUGAGAAUCCCGACUACAAUGAACAUCAAACAUGGGUCAAUGCGUUGAUUGAAGCCAAGGAAAACGUCUCUUCUGUAUUCUACUUUCUCUCGGAGAACCCAGCUUUGCUGACGCAACUUGUCGAGCAACAGCCGCAUGUCCAGCCCGUCACGGGCAAGCGAAAGCGGCUCUUUCGUCGAGCCAAGUAUUCGGAAAUGAAGCGAUUCAAAUGUGAAUGGUGA